AUGUAUUUUUGCCCAUCUCUGACUGUAGCUCCUAUAACAACAACAGCAGAUCCGGCUGCUAAAACUACAGCUCCUAUAACAACAGCAGAUCCGGCUGCUAAAACUACAGCUCCUAUAACAACAACAGCAGAUCCGGCUGCUAAAACUACAGCUCCUAUAACAACAACAGCAGAUCCGGCUGCUAAAACUACAGCUCCUAUAACAACAACAGCAGAUCCGGCUGCUAAAACUACAGCUCCUAUAACAACAACAGCAGAUCCGGCUGCUAAAACUACAGCUCCUAUAACAACAACAGCAGAUCCGGCUGCUAAAACUACAGCUCCUAUAACAACAACAGCAGAUCCGGCUGCUAAAACUACAGCUACUUUAACAACAACAGCAGAUCCGGCUGGUACAACUACAGCUACUUUAACAACAACAGCAGAUCCGGAUGGUCCAUCCACAACACCAACACCUACUACAACAACAACACCAGCUCUUGCAACAACAAAGCUUCCAGACCCUUGUGAUGGAAACCCAUGUGGCGAUGGGAGCACCUGUGUGCCUCGUUUCAAUCAAAGCUUUGCAUGCUUGUGCUUGGCUGGUGAGAACUACAAUUAUGACAGCAGAAGAUGUGAGAGUGCCAAAGUUUUCCCUGGACAACUAACCCUGCCUGGAUUAAUAUACAAUGAAACAGUGUCUGACAAUACAUCACCAGAAUUUCAAUCUGCCUCAAAAGAAAUUACUGAAGCGCUGUUUGAUGUUUUCAAAGGCUUGGUGGGUUACUCUGGAUCUACAGUGUUGGCACUCAGGCCCAAUAAAGCCAGUAAAGUUUGGUCAAGGUCGGAGACUGUAGUCAGAGCAGAUGUAGAGAUCAUCUUCACAGAACAGGCUGAAAUCACAACAGCAGAAGUUACAGAGAAGAUGAAAAAAGCCAGCAGUGGAGACGGUGUUCUGAAAGGUGCAAUCUUUAAAGAGAGAGACCUGUGUGAUAAGAAGCCCUGUGAUGAGAGCAGUACAACUUGUAAAUAUGCAGAUGGAUCGUUUACCUGCACCUGUUGGGACAAUUACAUUAAGACGGACUACACUACCAAAAUAUGCAUUGCUUGUCCCAGUGGUCAAAAAGCUGAGGGUUCCAAAAAAUGUGUCAAUUGUCCAUUUGGUUAUUCUGGUUUUAACUGCAAUGAAUCAUGGAAGCUGGUGCUGGUAAUCGUCGGCUCUGUGCUCGGGGGACUGCUGCUCAUCACACUCAUUCUUCUGCCUGUAGUGGCACGCAAAUCCUCAAAGAAAAGCUCCAAGAUGAACAAAAAUGCAGACAUCAGCCACCCUCCUGCCAAUAAACCACUGGUUAACAGCAGCUUAGCCAACAGCCGGGCGACCUCUGUUAACAGGCAAGCCAACGGCCUGUCAUCCUUUGCCAAUGCUGGGGUGCCCAAGAUCCCACGGGCCACAACCACCAACAGCUGGGACAGCAGGACCAACCUGGAGAUGACUCCGAACACCAGCCGGCAAAACAUGAUCCCUGAGGGGAGAAACUCUCGUUACUACGACGACCAUGAUGACAAUCAGUAUGCUCAGGUUCGCCCCCAGACCAACCCCUAUGCCCAGAAUCGACCUGAGUUCAACCCAUAUGCUCAGAACCAAGGCCACAGCAACCCUUACUACACGCACGAUGAUGGAAGAAGGUUGAAUUAAUGAGGAUGAACAAAGGUUCACCCUGCAGUGACAUUUACCUAGAUCAAAAACUCUUCCCCCUCCCCAAAUAACUGUACACCAUUAAAACACCAUCAUGCUGAGAGUUGUGGGAAUAGAAGCACAACAGUUACAUAGGUCUUAUGCAGUAGUGUGAACUCUAUGCUGAUCCAUUAUAAGCUUUCAUAAAUCAUUCCUGUCUUUCCUUCAUUCAUGUUUGGGAUAUGAUCUGCACUGUAGGUCUUUACAAAAGGUUCUUAAUAUUAUUAUUGUUAAUUAAUUAGAAUAUUACUCUCUUAAGAAUGUCUAAUUGUUUACUGACAUUGACACCCAGAAAUGGGGAGCUGUUCGAUAUCAUUGCCCACAUAAUAUCUCACUCGUCUAUGAAUUUACAACUUCUCUUGAUCAUUUUUUGUUUCACUCAGUUUUUGUGAAUGAGAUGAAGUUCUUUUUUAUCAAAUAGAAUUGAAUGACUUACUCCUCCAAAUCACGGCAUGUUAGGUCCCUCUAUAUAAUUCAGGUUAUUAUUUGUGUAAAAUGUUUACUAAAUUAAAAUUGUUUGAUGUUU